AUGCCUUCAAAGUCGCUCCACACUCGGUGGAAAUCCGUCUCCGGCCCUCUGCCUGUUCGCAGCAGUCAUGUUCCUUCAGGGGCCAAGACUGGUAUCACCCAGGUCGGGCCCGCAAAGGAGCAUCUGGCGCUCGAAGUCGAGAAGCUCUACUGGGAAGGUGUUCGUUAUGAGCUCGAAAACAUCCUCUACACACUAAAGACCUGGCAAAAAGACGAGUUCGCGCUCGUGGGGCUCCCGGAAGACAGUGCCGAGAGUAUUCACGGAUAUGAUACGUUUCUGGACCAGGUCAACGGGCAAGCUCGCGCUUUCGCCAUCCGGUAUCAGGAGGAAAGAAACAGAACGGGAGGCAGUCCGGCAGCAAGGAAUGUUUCCGAGCAGCGGGCAAUUCAAGAUGCCAUCACCGACACGAUCGCCGAGCAAACUGCGGCCAAGAUGAAGGCUGAAGUGAGAAGGAACCUGUCUUGUAUGUAG